AUCUAUAACACACUAAAACACAUUACACACUCUAAUACUUUCGAGGUUUUGAAUUCAGUACAGAAAGUGAUUAAUUUAUAAUCAAUGGCUUCUUCUUCUCUUCUAGUUACCAUUUUCCUCUGCAUUUCUUUCUUCUUCUUCUUGUCCGUGGAUGCAAAUGAGGUUACCGUUGGAGGAAAAUCCGGUGACUGGAAGAUCCCUCCUUCCUCUUCUUUCUCUUUCAACGAAUGGGCUCAAAAGGCUCGCUUCAAAGUCGGCGACUUUAUCGUUUUCAGGUACGAAGCUGGUAAAGACUCGGUUCUGCAAGUGACACGAGAGGCUUACGAGAAAUGCAACACCACUAGCCCUAAAGCCAGCUACACCGACGGGAACACAAAGGUGAAGCUAGACCAAGCCGGUCCGGUCUACUUCAUCAGUGGAACAGAGGGUCAUUGUCAAAAGGGUCAGAAGCUACGCCUAGUCGUCAUCACUCCUCGUAACUCUGCUUUCUCUCCAGCUCCUUCGCCAUCUGAGUUCGACGGUCCCGCCGUAGCGCCUACUAGUGAUGCCGCUAAGCUCACCGGCGGAUUCAGUGUCGUAUUUGGCCUUGUUCUUGGAUUAUGGGCCUUCUUCUUUUAAAAGAGAAAUUUAGUCUUAAACUCUUAAUUCUAUUUAUUAAUUUUCGAAUAUGAAGUAGAAUCUUUGUUAUUUACUAUAUUAAAUUUAUUAUUUCAUU